AUGGAGGAACUGGAGGCGAUGUGGCUGACGGGCAUCUGUCACAACGAGAAGAACGAGGUCAUGUCCUCCCAGCUGGACGUGGACAACAUGGCGGGCGUCUUCUACAUGCUGGGCGCCGCCAUGGCGCUCUCACUCAUCACCUUCAUCUGUGAGCACCUGUUUUACUGGCAGCUGCGCUUCUGCUUCAUGGGUGUGUGCUCGGGCAAGCCUGGCUUCACCUUCUCCAUCAGCAGGGGCAUCUACAGCUGCAUCCACGGGGUCCAGAUCGAGGAGAACAAGUCGACCAUGGACUCUCCCUCGGCCACCAUGAACAUGAACAACACACACUCCAACAUCCUGCGCCUGCUCCGCACCGCCAAGGACAUGACGGCCAUCCCGGGGGUCAACGGCUCGCCGCUCACCGCCCUGGACUACGGCGGCCACCGGCCCGGGGAGUCGCAGGUCUACGACAUCUCGGAGCACCGGCGGAGCCUGGCGGCGGGACACCCGGCGGACUGCAAGGCCCUGACGGCGCCGCCCUAUCUGCAGGAGGACAACAUGUUCAGUGACUACAUCAGCGAGGUGGAGAGGACUUUUGGCAACUUGCCGCUGAAGGACAGCAACCUGUACCAGGACCACUACCUGCACCACCACCCGGGCUCUGGGUCGGGCCUGGCUCUGGGUAUGUCCGGCCCGCCGCCGAACCGGCCGCGCAGCCUCGGCAGCGCGAGCUCACUGGAGGGGGGGAUGUUUGAGUGCGACAGCUUAGGGGGAGGGGUUGCGCCCAUCUUCACCACCCAACCCCGAGCCUCCCUGACGCACAGGAACACCAAUAAGUUUGACCUGAUCGCCGGACACGCCUCCUCCUCCUCCGGCGGCGGCGGUCAGGGCGGGGCGUUCAAGUCGAGCAACGUCUACGGGAGGUUCUCGUUCAAGGGCGGGGCGUCCAGCACGGGGUUCAUAGGGGGGCAUGACAGGUACUGCGGCGGGGGCGGCGGGGGCGGGGGCGGAGGCUCCGGGGGCGACGACGCCAUGUCGGACAUCUCCACGCACACCGUCACCUACGGCAACCUGGAGGGCAACGCCAAGCGGCGCAGGCAGUACCGGGACAGCCUGAAGAAGCGCCCGGCGUCGGCCAAAUCCCGGCGGGAGCAGGACGACAUGGAGAUGGCCUCCCGGAGGCGGCCCCACCACCACACCGUCCACCACCACUUCCCCCACGGCCCCCUGGGACACCGCUCUGCCUCGCCGCCCCUCGAGCGAAAGAGAGGCGGGGGGAACUCUUCGCUGUACCCGUUCCGCCAGGAGAAAGAGAACCUGCGGGAGUUCUAUGGCGAGCAGUUCCGUUCGAAGGAGGGCAAGGCCCCGUGGGAGCACAUGGACCUGUCCGACGGGCCCACCGGCGGCGGCAUUUGUAAAAACUUAGUGCCGGUGGAGGACUUCUUGAAAGGUAAAACCAAGAAGUCCGAGUGUAAAGGCGGCGUGGCGGUGGCAGGGGGGGGCGGGGGCUCGGGGGCGGGCCAGCAGGCGCACACCUGCUGGGAGAAGAGCGCGCCGGGGAUGGGGGGAGGGGGCAUCGCCGGGGGCGACUGGGAGUGCCGGAAUUGCCACGGCGGCGGCGGCGGAGGAGGUGGAGGGGGGGGCGGGGGCAAGGCCACGGCUCACCACGGGGGCGGCGGCGGCGGUGGGGGGGGGGGGCAUCGCCCGGGCUCGGCCACGUGCAAGCGCUGCGACUCGUGCAAGAAGCCGGGCAACCUGUACGACAUCAGCGAGGAUAGCCUCCUGUUUAGCCAGCUGGGGGGUAAGUGCGCCCACGAGGGCGGGGGCAAGGCUGCCGUGGCGCUGGGGGGCGGGGGCCAGACGCCGACUCAGGCGCAGCGCAGGAAGCCAGGGCCGGGGGGGCGGGUCCUGCGGAGGCAGCACUCCUACGACACGUUCGUGGACCUGCAGAGGGAGGGGGCCGGCCGCCGGGGCGGGGCCGGGGGCGGAGGGCUCGGGGGGCAACUCCCCCCGCCCAGGAGCGUGAGCUUGAAAGACAAGGAGCGCUUCAAGGAGGGCGCGAGCCCCUACGCCCACGUGUUUGAGAGGUAUGCCGGCUCGGAGAGGGAGCCCUCCUCCUCGGGCGUCGGCGGGGAGCGAGGGAAGGGAGGCUCCUCCUUCAGCCUGUUCCGCGGAGGUGAAGGUGGGUUGCACCGGCGCUCGGUGGGGGAGAGAGACACGAGGGACAGAGAUAGAGGAAUGAUGGGAGGUGGCGGUGGGGGAGGAGGAGGAGGUGGAGGAGGUGGAGGAGGCAGAGGUGCCGGGACUUACUCCUUGUCUAAAUCUCUCUACCCAGAUAAGGUGAACCAGAACCCCUUCAUCCCAAGCUUCGGGGACGACCAGUGUCUAUUACACGGUGGAAAGCCGUACUACGUCAAAAAGCCCCAGGCCCAGCAACAACAACAACAGCAGCUACUCAACAACAGCCGAGGAGGAGGGGACUUCAGAGGCUCCAUGGGGAUGACCUCCUAUUUGCCGGCGACGGCCACGGCGGGGGUAUUGUCCAACGUGGCCCCCAGGUUCCCCAAGGAGCUGUGCUUGGCUGGGGUGGGGGGGCCCAUGGGGAACCACCUGGGGGGGGGCUCUGGGAACAAGCUGCUGCCGGUAGGCAGGGACGGGGGGCUCAGCAUGGUCCAGGGACAGAGAGCCUUCAACGGCUCCAGCAACGGUCACGUUUACGAGAAGCUCUCCAGCAUUGAGUCUGACGUCUGA